AUGGUUUUGACGAAAAUUUGGCUGAUUCCAAUUUCCUAUGGAGCUUGCGCGAUCUCGGCCACCGCUACCAAGUGAGAUGAAAUUGUAAACUGUUUCUUAGCUUCAAAAUAGAGUUCAUGUACAUCAAUCGAUCGAUAAUUUUAUGGUGAUCAACUUUGUUUCUUGUCGUUUUGCUCCGACUUUUCUAGUUUUCGAGAUCUUUCGAUUUGACUGUUUUUCCCAAACAAAAAAGUGCCGUAUCACGGUCUCCAGAGCUGACAAUAUGGGCGUGGCCUCGACCAAAUGGCGUUUUCAUGAAUUGAGCAGGUUUUCUCUGAUUUUUGUGUGGUCAAAGGCGAUGAAAAAUGAUUGUUCGACAUGAAAACACACUAAUUCUCAGAAUUAUAGACGUUUUGGCGCAUUUUUCGCGGACUUUGCUUUUUCGCCUUCGCCGCCGAUCGCCGCCUAAAACCGCACUUCUCAUUUUGCGCUUUCUUGACCGUUUUCAGACAGAAUUGGUUUCGAGAAUGAUAAAUCACGUAAAUACAAGCAUUUUGAGCGCUCGAACCGCGAAAACUACCGAAAAGCAACUGAAAUUCACGCAGUUUUAGCCAAAAACCUUCAAACUUGACCAAAUUUAACGCUCUUGCGCUUAAAAAAUUCGUAAUUUCCUAUACAAUCGGUCUAUCGAGAGACAAAUGAGAAAUUAUCGAUUUUUCGUGGCUAAUCUGGCAAAAAACACAAAUUUUGCUCUUAAAAUUUGAAUUUCGCGCCAAUGUAUUGGGCAGGGCGCACUUGCGCCCAUUGUCAGCUCUGGAGACCGUGGCGUAUCUUGAAAACUAAAAGAGUACGGACAAAAUGUCAAGAGACAAACAUAAUCACCAUGAAAUUCUCUAUCGAGUGACAUACAUCACUUGCUUGUUUUCUCGAAAAAAUUUUUUGACUGCAAUUUUUGAGCAAUUUUUCAAUUUCAGAUAUUUUUUCGUGUCGCUCCUCAAAAAGUAUCCGCACGUUUUGCCAUUUUUGGCGUCUCGCGAUGCGUCGCUGUUCGGCGAGUGCGUUUUCGGCCAUUUGGUCAGUUAUUCUGCAUUUUUGCGUGAGCUUCAGCACAUUUUUCUCGCGCGUGACGUCAGUUUUGCAGUUAUGCUAAUCGCCUAUAUUCGUCAUCGACAAACCGUGGAAUACUAUGCGCAUCGGCUCGAAUGGGAGAAUGCCACGUGGCGAGUGAUGAGCACGAUUGUGGCCGGAAUCGGAAUGUUCACCGCUUUCUGCAUCACUAUUAUUGCGCAUUGUGAGGUGAACGUUUUUUUUAGGUUUAAAUAGUCAUGAGUAGUGUCAUUCGAUAGAAAAUUUCACGCUGAGCAACUUUGUCUCUUGACGUUUUGCUCUAACUUCUCUAGUUGUUGAGUUAUUCUCAAAAACUGAAACGCUCAAUGCCUAUGCUCGUUUUUGAGCAUUAUCUCGAAAACUAGAAGAGCUAGAGAAAAAAGUCAAGAGACAAAAUUGAUCAGCAUAAAAUUUCCAAUCGAAUGAGAUACAUGUUGCCCAACUUUCAAAAAUUUUCGCAUUUCAGGAUCCAGAACUGGUGGUUGUACACGAUUGGGCGGAUACGGUAGCAUUCUCCUCCGGAUUACUGUACGCCUGGUCGCAGGCUUUUCUCACCUGGGCUCUAAUUCCACGAAUGUGCACUUUACGCGUUUGCAUUUUCCGUUUCGCAAUUGUCCUCGUGGAGACUACCGCAUUCAUUUUUUGUGAGUUACUGUAACUACAGUAACCCAGACUACAGUAAUCUAAAAUGUUGUUAAUAUUGUUUUUAUUGAAGAUCGAUACGCGAAAGACGACAAAAACCUAUCGCCGCCGUGGCUUUUGGAGGCGAGUCUGUGGAUUAUUGCAAGUGCGCUCUAUUGAGAAAAAAGCUGUUUUUUUGGGAAAUGCCCAAUAUUUUCAGUCUGUUUCCACGUCUUCAUAAUCACUUUUUGCAUCGAAUUGCGCUUCUCGUAUUUACACUCGCCCAAAGUGAUUUUCGUGCGGUCCGAUCCGAUUUUGGAGCCAAUUUUGGAGCGAAACGACGAGGAGAAUAACAACGUUUUAAAUUGA